AUUUUGCAAUAUGAAGUGCUUUGCCAAAUAAGCAAGUUUUAGAGAAUAUAUAUAUCCUUACAAAUAUUACAAGAUAGAUUUAUAGAUAUAAAGACAACAGAUAAUCAAAUGUGCUCGAAAGCAUUGCAUGGACUAUAAUGUUAUUAUUUCUAAAUAAAAGUCGUCAAAAUUUUCACUAAACCGAUACAACCUAAAGGAUAUUGUUAUUUUAUGAGUAAACAAAUUAGAAGUAACACAUUUUACUAUUCUCAGACAAUGCAUGGAAAUGGCGUUUAUUAAUAGCUUCGCGUGAAUUUAUUUACCAAAAAUAUUAAUUAUAUUGUCACAAGCUAAUAAAAUUUGCAAUGCAAACCUCUUUGAAGCCUGUAUUAGGCUCGUCAGCCACAAGUCUUAUGAGUGCAUCCAGUGGUGGAAGUACUGGUAGUGCAAAUGCUUCAUCUAGUCAACCGACAAUAUCAGCUACGCUUACAGCAGUGCACAAAAUGGAAUCUGAGUUACGGUGUCCAUCAUGCAGACGAUUUUUUCAGUGUCCUUUACUGUUACCUUGCGGACAUUCUCUUUGUAAUCAGUGUGCAGCUGGGGCACUGCUACCUGCUAAUGAACCGAGUAUUGCAGCUUCCAUUACAGCUGCAUUACACCUAACGACUAAUGAAAACUUUAGCUCUAGUAGUGGUCCUCCCCAGUCGUCAUCUUCAUCUUCAUCUACAACUGGAAGCAGUAUUGGUUGCCCCAGUACAUCAAAUUCUCAAGGGAACACACAAAGUUUGGGUUGUACUUCAAUGAUUCAUUCAGAUUCUGAUCAAGUUAGUGUUCUUAGUGAAACAGAUUCUGGAGUUAUUGUUAGCAGUCGACCAGGUAGUUAUGUAGCAAGAUUACCAGUUGUAAUAUGUUCAUUAACCUCAGGUUUGAAUCCUAGUCAGAGCUACAGUGUUUCUUCAUCUUCAAUAAGUCAGGUGUCAAGUGGUUUGAUAUGUCCAGUAUGUAAUCACGUAGUUGGCCUAUUUGAUGAUAAAGGAUUAAGUCAUCUUCCAAGAAAUCGUGCACUAGAACGAAUUAUAUCAAAAUUUGUCAAUCCGAGUCAAUUGCAGCAGUCUCAAAAGUCCAAUGCAGAUUUAGAACCUUUUCUGUUAAAUUCCAAUUCGGAUCCAAUCAGUCGACCAGGUGGGCCACUUUGCCAACUCUGUGAAGAACCUAGUAUCCCAUCAGAAAACCAAACGGCUUCAGAUAGCAAUAAAUUAGAGGCAAGUGAACAAAACUGUCUAGCCACAUUUUGGUGUGAACAAUGUGAAAUUUUCUAUUGUACACGAUGUCGUGAAAAGUGUCAUCCACCACGUGGACCCCUGAAUCGUCAUGCAUUACAUUCAGCAACACAAGGUGUGGAAAUAAUCAGACAAAAGCAGCGUAAUCAACCUACACCAUGCAUGUCACAUUUAAAUUUAAUACCAAAUCUUUAUUGUGUUAACUGUCAUAUACCAGUGUGCAAUGAGUGUAUUAGUGCGGAUAAUUCACAAACAUUUGAAACACAUUCAAAACAUGAAAUACUUCCACUGCUCGGAGUUUGUAAAUCGCGCAAAACUGAACUAUCGCAAUCACUUCAGGCUCUUUCAGAAAGGGCUCGAUCGGCUACAGAACACAUACAACGUCUGAGGUCUAAAUCGGAAACUGUAAAAAGAAAUCUGGCAGAUUCAGAAAAAGAACUUAUGGAUCAGUUGAAUAGUUUGAUUGCUGCAAUUGAGACGAAAAAGCAAGAAUUAACAGAACGCUUACGUGAUGAGCGAGCGAAAAAAGUUCAUACAUUAAAGGAUCAAAUAAAUCGAGUUACCUCACUAUUAACCAAAUCAACUGGCCUUAUUCAGUUUUGUAUUGAAAUGUUAAAAGAAAGUGAUCCAUCCGCUUUUCUUCUGGUUUCUCAGUCACUUAUAUCAAGAACACAAAGUGCAGAACAAACAUUCAUUCAAGAACUACAGCAUGCCUCUUCCGUUAAUGAUAUCACUGGUUCACUAUUGUCACUUGCAUUAUCAUCAAGUAAAGAUUACUCACAUCAUUCUCCAAAGAAGAGAUCAAGUGGUGGAGGAAACACCAGUAGUCCAAAGUAUUCAAAUAAAACAAGUGAUCUCCUAGGAGUGAAUAGUGUUGAAGCAAUACGUCGGGCAAUUUUAAAUUUAGGCCUGGAAGAAGAUCAAAAUAUGAAAAGAUCUGAAUAUUUUCAACUUAUCAAUCAAAAAAUUAACGAUGUUCCAGCUGCACCAGUUUUUCUUGUAGAUGAAUGUAUUUCUGAACGGAAUGUAAUAACUCUUGUAUGGCAGUCAACAUCAUCUAUACCUAUUGAUCGUUACACACUGGAGUUGGACGACGGGGCAGGUGGAAAUUUUAGGAAAGUUUAUCGUGGAGCAGAAACCAUGUGCACUGUAGAAGGACUGCACUUUCGUUCUGUAUAUCGUGCACGUGUCAAGGCGCACAAUCAAGCUGGAGAAAGCCAAUACAGUGAUCGAAUAUGUUUACAAACGUCAGACUUUACCUGGUUUCAUUUGGAUAUUACCACUGCUGUACCAGACAUUUUGCUUACAAAUGGAAACCGUACUGUGACAAGUCAAUUAUCUGAAGACAGGGUGAUUCUUGGUUCCACUGGUCUAUCUAGAGGUGUGCAUUAUUGGGAAUUUACAGUGGAUCGUUGUGAUCCCGGUGGACAGCCUGCUUUUGGAAUCGCUAGACAUGACUGUAAUAAAGAAAUUAUGCUUGGUCUUGAUAUGAAAAGUUGGUCAGUUUAUUUCGAUUACAAACGAAGUUGGUUUCUGCAUAAUGGCGAACAUUUUGAACGUACAGAUGGUGGAAUAAACGCAGGAAGUGUAGUUGGAAUUCGUUUGGAUUGUAACAGGGGCAGUUUAUCUUAUUAUUUAAAUGAUCAACCACACGGUCCAAUAGCUUUUACGAAUUUACCAGGCGGAAUUUAUUAUCCAGCUGUUAGUUUAUCAAGAGCAAUUCAACUGACACUGCAUUCUGGUUUGGAAGCUCCUAGUGAAAGUGAAGAAAGUGAUGAAGACAGUUCUGGUGGUGGAACAGGAACUGAAACCACUUCCAUGGCAACCACUGUUUUAACCUUACCCUCAACAUUACAAAGUAUGGGUUUAAGGCAAUAAAUAUGUUACUAUAGAAACAAUAAAUGAUUUUUUAACAAAUUCACUUCGUAAUAUUCAACAGUCAACAAAUAACGCCUGUGCUCACAACACUCUCUAUUGGAAUAAAAACAAAAGUCAAGCUCAUUUUAUCAUGUGAAUAACUUCAAGAAAAGCAGCUCACAAAGAGUAAAACUCUAUCUCUCUCUCACUGUCUCUCUGACAUUUUGAUAUACACAUUUUUAUGUGAUGCAAAUUACACAUUCAAUAAGAUAUUUGUACAAAAAAAGACUAUAGUAAACAAACUACUGAUGAAUUUAUUUUAGACAGUCACUUGUCUUUGGUCUGCAUUUAAACUAUUCUAUAUUUGUUCAUUUUGUUUUGCAUAUUUCCACUAAUGUUUUUGUAUACAUUGACUUCAAUUACACAGAACAUUCAUAAUUGUGGUAAGACUGUUACUCCCACUGAAAUCAAUUGCUUGAAAUGGAAGGAUAAAUGAAUUUUAAUGAGUUGAUAAAUAUUUCUUCAAAUAAUUUUUUAAUGAUACAAGUCAUAAUACUCUACUGACAAUGAGCUCUGAAACAUGUUCGCUUAUCCAUUUGUUUCUGAAUACCGGAAUAAAGUUCAAAAUUAGCAAAUGAGAAAAAAAAGGAAGUCAUAUAUCAUAGCUAGUUUGUUUGAUUUGCAAUUUGUUGGAUCUUUUGAGAAUAGCAACAAUAAAAAAUUCUAACAAAUAGAUUACUUAUUAUUAUUAUGCGAGGUAUCAAAGUGAAAGAAAAGCUUUGUCUUAAAUUCUUGUUCAUAUAAAUUGUGUACAUUUGAAUUUCAUUUUUCAAUAAUUAAAAAACAUGACUAUAAGGGAUAAACUGAUCUAUCUUCUUCAAAAAAACUUACACUAUCCAUUGUUUUGUCUGAUUUUUUGUUUUGUUUUUUUAUAUUCGCAUGUUAAUUUGUAAAAACAUUUCCUGCAAAAUUCUAGUCAGUGUUAUCAGCUUCGUUGUGUUCCUUUUUUUCUUUUUAUACGUUGACUACGUCACUAUAUCUCAGUGUAUAAUUGAUAAACCAUUCGAGUAAGCCUACACAGGUAUUAUUUGUAUUCACAAAAAAAGUUAAACAUUUAAAUCUGUUUCCUUGUUGUUUGAGGCCAUUUUAAAUUGUCAUUUCCUGUCAGUGUGUAUACAUUUCUAUGUAUGUGUAUAUGUGCGUGUGUGUGCUCAUUUGUAAAAAAUAAUUAUAGAAUGUAACCAUGAGUUAGAUUCAGUAAUCUUCUUUAAAAUUAUGAAUAUAUUUGUUGUCGAU